UGCACUGGAGCCAGCAAGUCCCUGGGCAGCAUGCUGUGUGCUCUGCUUCUCCUGCCCAGCCUCCUGGGGGCCGCCACGGCCAGCCCCACCUCGGGCCCCCAGGAGUGUGCAAAGGGAUCCGAGGUGUGGUGUCAGGACCUGCAGGCAGCAAUACUAUGCGGGGCUGUGGGGCACUGCCAAAGGGCCAUCUGGAGCAAGACCCCUGCCAAGUCCCUGCCCUGUGAUGUAUGCCAGGAUGUGGUGGCGGCAGCUGGCUAUGGGCUGAACCCCAAUGCCACAGAGUCUAACAUCCUGGCUUUGGUGCUGAAGACCUGCAUGUGGCUUCCCAGCGAGGAGUCUUCAGCCAGAUGCAGGUGGAUGGUGGACGCCCACAGCUCAGUCGUCCUGAACAUGCUCGCUGGAGCCCCAGGCAGUGGCCCAGCUCAGGUGUGCACUGCGCUCACCCUCUGCGAGCCACUGCAGAGGCACCUGGCUAUCCCGGGGCCAACCUCCAAGGAGGAUGUGGCCGAGGCAGUGGCUCCAUUCAUGGCCAAGGGGCCUCUCAGCUUCCACCCUCCCCAGAUGCCUGGGGGUGCCGUGUGCCUCGACUGUGUUAGGCUCGUCUCCCGGCUCCAGGAUGCUCUUCAGUCCAACUUGACCUUGGCAGAGGUGAACAUCCAGGAGCAGUGUGAGUCCUUGGGCACCGGCCUGGCUCUCCUCUGCAAGAACUAUAUCCGCCAGUUUUUCGCCCCUGCUGAGCAAACACUGAGGCUUCUCCCCCCGCAGGAGAUCUGCGGCAAGGGGGGCUUCUGCGAGGAUCUGAGGGGACCUGCCCACCUGGCUCCCGUGGUUGCUGUGGACAGGGUCCCCUCCCUGGAGCCGGUGUUGCCAAGGAAACAGAGCGAGGUUCAGAUGACGGCCAGCCUGACCUGCGAGGUGUGCAUGGACGUGGUCAAGCAGCUGGAUCAGUGGCUUCUGUCCAACAGCUCCGAGGUCCUCAUCAUCCAGGCCCUGGAGCGGGUGUGUUCAAUAAUGCCUGCUUCCAUCCUCCAUCAGUGCAUCACCUUAGUGGACACCUACAGCCCCUCCUUGAUGCAGCUGGUGGCCAAAGUCACCCCAGAAAGAGUGUGCACGACCAUCCGACUAUGCAGCAGCCGGAGGCGGACCCGGGCAGUCCAUGGGGCUUAUGCCACCGCCCUGCCCCUAUUGAUGGACGAAGAGAACCAGGGCAGCUUCUGCAACGGGUGCAAGAGGCUGCUCAGCGUGUCCUCCCGCAACCUGGAGAGCAAGAGCACCAAGCGGGACAUCCUGAUGGCCUUUAAGAGUGGCUGCAGAAUCCUGCCACUGCCCUACAUGGUGCAGUGCAACCGCUUUGUCACCGAGUACGAGCCCGUGCUCAUCGAGAGCCUCAUGGACAUGAUGGACCCCAUAGCCGUAUGCAAGAAGGUGGGGGCCUGCCACGCCCCCAGGACCCCGCUGCUGGGCACCGACCAGUGUGUCAUAGGUCCCAGCUUCUGGUGCAAGAGCCAGGAGGCCGCCGAGCUGUGCAAUGCUGUGGAGCACUGCCAACGCCGUGUGUGGAAAGAGACGCCCUUCCACCCCGGAGACCACGCAUGAGCGCAGCCACCAGGUAUCCAGCACCCGAUAGUGCUGGCCCAGGAGGCUCCUGUAUCCCACGGGUACCUUGAGGUGGGUGCUGUCCCCAUCCCCAUUUCACAGAUGAGAAGCUGAGGCUGAAAAGGAGCAGGCCUGAAACUGAAUGCCAGAUAUUUCUGAUCCCAAAGAGCUCCAUCUUAACAACUGUGCCACAGGCUUUGCCCUCGCCAAUGUGUUUAACAGGCUGGGACAGACUGAGAUGCACCGCACACCCAACCCAGACAAGACUGCCCCAUAGUCUCCCACGCUGCGAUGGCGCUGACGGUCUGGGGCAGCCUGGCAGUGCCUCAGGUGCCCCCAUCUGCCCCUUGCUGGAUGAACGUUGCUAGUGGGGCUGAUCCCUCCUGUUAACAGCACAGGGCGUGGGGCUGGGUCUCACCCAAGCCACCAUGGCUCGCUCAGGCCAGAGCUCCUCAACCUGGGUCACUGGAGGUGGCUUCCCAAGGUGCGUUGACAUGCGAGUGUCUCUGGACACUCCUGGGGAGGAGUCUGGGGCUUUGGCCAUAUUCUCCAAGUGGUGCUUGGUUUCAGAGCAGUCUUCCGAUGUCCACCAUGGGGACCCUCUCCUGGCACCCCAGACUCUCAGCCACCCUGGUCACGAGCAGAACAAAAGUCUUGGGGUGUGAUCAAAAUCAGGAGAGCAAAACAUGUCGGGCAAAAGCCCCAGGGGGACAGCCCAGAGGGGCCCUGGAGAGGCCACCUGGGGUGCGUGUAGCCACAAGGACGGAUGGGAGCCAUGAGAUGUGAGCAAGUCCCUCUGCCCGUUGGAGCCUCAGCUUUCUAAUCUGUAGAAUGGGGAUGAUCACGCCGGCCUCACUGGGAUGUUCAGAUAAUUCAAGACAACGUCCUAGAGAUCCUUCCCCCAGAGACCAGCAUCCAUCGGGCUGCUGGGACCAGCAAGACCCAUCUCGGGAGGCCAGGGCGGGGGUUCCCAGGAGUCUGGCUGUGCGAGAGCUGUAUAAACU